CUCAUUUCAUCCUGUCAGCAGCCCUCUGAUUCUGCUUAAAUUUUGACCCAAAACACACACACACACACACACACACACACACACAACAAACCCUCUUCCAUUUCAAUCAUCCAUGGCUGCAUUUUCUUCUUCCUAUAUCUCUAAUCUUGUUAAGAUCCGCCAUGAAAACCACCAUGCAUUACGACUGCGAUUGCCAUUGUUACCAUUACCCUCUACAAGAAGAAGAAGGACAACAGUUUCUGAAACCCAUUAUUCAACUGUAAGUAUUAGAGCAGCUGCUGGAAACUUAGCAUCCAAUUGGGACACUUGGAAACCUGAUCAGGGUUCCAAGGCUCCAUCACUAAGUGACAUCCUUUGGCCAUCUGCAGGUGCAUUUGCGGCCAUGGCUGUGUUGGGAAAGAUGGACCAGAUGUUGGCUCGAAAGGGAGUUUCAAUGACCAUUGCACCACUCGGAGCGGUUUGUGCCGUCCUUUUUGCAACUCCGGCAACCCCCGGUGCUCGGAAGUACAAUAUGUUUAUGGCUCAAAUGGGUUGUGCAGCAAUUGGUGUAUUAGCCUUCUCAUUCUUUGGACCGGGUUGGCUCGCUCGGAGCACUGCCCUCUCCGUAUCGCUAGCCUUCAUGAUCUAUGCUCGUGCCGUGCAUCCACCAGCUGCAAGCCUGCCGUUGUUGUUUAUCGAUGGUGCAAAGUUUCACCACUUGAAGUUUUGGUACGUUUUGUUUCCUGGUGCGGCCGGAUGCCUUCUUCUAUGUUUGAUCCAAGAAGUGGUGUGUUACUUGAAAGAGAAUGUGAAGUUCUAAGCAGAGCUUAUGGAAAUUGCAAUUUUGGGGGAAUUGGGUUAUGUUGAAUAUGGGGAAAGAAGGAUGUGCAAUUCAAGCAUGCAUGUAUUAGUUCUCAAGGACUCUUUUGGAGGGUUAUUUUGGUAUAUUACCUGAUGAAAAUUUGUACAUUAUUUAUGAAUUUGUCGUUUUCGGCUCGGGUAAAUUGGCUCAACAAAUUUUGAAUUGGGAAAGGUCUUGAAUCGAUGUUUUUUGCUUUC